AUGGCAUCUCAUCCACCAAGCAAGUGUUGCAUCGUCGGAGUAAAGCACGAAGGUGAAGCAGUCGGGACGGUAGAGAAGGUCGGAGGCUACGAUGCCUACAUUACCUACCCCAAAGACGGCAGCUCCAAGAACGCCGUCAUCAUCUUUCCGGACUUCAUGGGCUACGAGCUUAUUAACGCCAGACUCAUCGCCGAUCAACUAGCAGCCAACGGCUACUUCACCAUCAUCCCGGACAUCUGGCUCGGCGACAAUGUCCCCCUGAACUGGAACCCCAGCAGGCAAUUCAACCUCGGGCAAUGGAUGGGCAAGCAUGGCCCGGACACCGUGAUGCCGAUCGCUGAAGCAGCUAUCAAAGCAAUGCGUGAGGACUAUGGUGUCGAGAAGUUGGGAGGGGUGGGCUACUGUCUCGGUGCGAAGUAUGUCUGUCGUUUCCUGGCGGAGGGCAAGGGGUUGGAUGUUGGAUUCAUUGCGCAUCCGACGGCCGUGACUUCGGAGGAGGUGAGAGGGCUUGGGGGCCCGUUGGCUAUUGCUGCCGCUGAGACGGAUGACUUGUUCCCGGCGCCAAAACGCCAUGAGACCGAAGCAAUACUCAAGGAUAUGGAUGUUCCAUACCAGAUCAGCCUGUAUAGCGAUGUCGAUCAUGGGUUUGCGUUCAAGGCCGAUCUGAAAGACGCCAAGGUCAGGUUUGCGACGGAGACGGCAUUCUUGCAGGCGGUCAAUUUGUUUGACCACUUCGUGAAGGCAGGCUGA